UGCAACAGACUGCUUCUGUGGUGCAUAUAUAUGAAUGGUGGGGACGCAGCGUUAAUGACAAGGACCUGUGGGCUACUCUUCGUGCUGUUGUUGUUUGUCGUGCUGAGUGACGUGGGUCAACACAGGAAACUUGAACACAGUUCCUGUGAAGCAGAGCCGGGUGAUUUUUGUGAAUCAGCUGUCGUGGCCAGUACAAAUUCCAAUUGGGGUGUAUUCACUUUUUUCUGUAUCCUCUGUCUCUCCGCCUCUCCUUUAUUCUCUCUAUCUCAGUCUCUCUCGUUCUCUUCGUUCUCUCUUGUUCUCUCUCAUCUCGCUCUCACUUUCUCUCUCUCUAUCUCUCUCUUUCUCUAUCCCUCUCUCCCUCCCACUCGCCUGGGAUAGCACUAUAGCGGUGAGAGCUGUAUGUUGCAGAGGGACGGUCAUUGGCGAAAGACACAGUAAAUGCGAUUAAAGUUAGCCAUCGUGGCCAGACAACCAACACUGGAGAAACGCUGAAAAUGGCUGGCCAUGUUUCUGGGAUCCAAGAAUGAAGUGCCUGGGAACUUUUCUGGAAGUGUCGUACCUCUGUGAUUGUGUCUGUGUGCUCAGGAAGGCUUUUUUUGCAAAGUGAGACCAAUCAUUUUUCUUGAUUCCCUGGCUGACAGAGAGGGACGGAGCGAGCAAACCCCUCCAUUAGGACCUGAUAUAUUUCCCAAACAAUUUAGUGUAUUCAUGAGGCUACGCAAAUGUGGAGGCAGCAAAAUGACCGUAAUCAAUUGAAACAGUGAGUGUGCGUCGGUCCAUGGCUCUGAUUAUUUGGAGAUCAUCUAUCAGCCUGAUGUGUAUGUAACAAGGCUGUUGAGUUUCAGUGAUAAGUCCAUGAUCAUUGGGCGAGUGAGUUGGACAACGAUAAUCGGGCACCUUGGCAGGUGAGGCAAGCGCUCCCCGAACAUUAGGGAAAAAAGAAAGAAACAUUGAAGAGGAUAAGUUAGUAUGGAGGUCAGAUACAACCAAGAGCCUGAACCAGGGAUGGGGCUGAAGAACGGCAUAAAGGAUGGGAACGACGGCAAGGAUUCCCAGGGAAACCUUUCCAAAACCUUCCUAAAGGAUCAGCAGGAGUCCUUCUCGCCAUCUGGGACGGUGGAAAGCUGUGAGAAAAACCGGGGGACGGGGGACCCGGACUACUGCAGGAGAAUACUUGUCCGAGAUGCAAAAGGGUCUAUCCGAGAGAUCAUUCUGCCAAAGGGACUGGAUUUGGACCGUCCCAAACGAACCCGGACCUCUUUCACCGCAGAGCAACUCUAUCGUCUGGAGAUGGAGUUCCAGAGGUGCCAGUAUGUGGUUGGGAGGGAACGAACAGAACUGGCCCGCCAGCUAAAUCUAUCUGAAACGCAGGUUAAAGUUUGGUUCCAGAACCGACGCACAAAACAGAAAAAGGACCAGGGCAAAGAUUCAGAGCUGCGCUCGGUGGUGUCGGAGACGGCGGCCACCUGCAGUGUAUUGAGACUUCUGGAGCAGGGCCGGCUCCUCACGCCACCAGGCCUGCCGGGGCUCCUGCAGCACUGUGGCAACGGCUCCCUUGGUGCCGCCCUGCGAGGACCCUCCAUGGGCAUGGCCAGCAACGGAAGCAGCAGCAGCAGCAGUGGUGCCAGCUCAGGGACGGCCUGCGGCAGUCCCCCUCUACCUAUAGUGACGAGCUCAGGGACGGUGGCAGGCCUCCAGAGCUCCCCGUCAGCUCACGGCCUGUUCAGCUUCCCCAUGCCCUCUCUGCUUGGCAGCGUGGCCACCCGCAUGUCCUCCAACCCGCUCUCCAUGGCCGGCUCCCUGGCCGGGAACCUGCAGGAACUGUCUGCCCGCUAUCUGAGCUCUUCUGCUUUUGAACCUUACUCACGGACCAAUGGCAAGGAGAGUGUGGACAAAAACGUUUUGGAAUGAUGUUUUUCAAAGGAUUUUGAUUUGUUUUGUUGUUCUCCUUGUUUUUUAUUGUCUUGGUUUAGUUUGUUUGUUUCACCCUCUUCUGUCCUGUUUGUGUUGUGGUUGUUGUUCAUGUAAAUCCAACUGAACAUCUGAUGCCUCUCAGAGGGAGGAAAACAAAAACAUACACAUGUAUACAUUUUCAUUCUUACUUAUGCACUAAAUUAAAAUUGAAUCUCCAAGUUCUGAAUUUCAAUACAAAUGAUCAGAGAAACAAAUAUCCAUGAGAUUACCAAGGAACAGCAUUUUAUUUCUUAGCCACAUUUUCUCACAUGUAUUUCUCUGCAAUAGUAAUCCCCAAAAAAGCACAGAAAAUGAGUCUGUUUAUGUUUGGGUAACACAUCACAAAUGUUUAGCUACUGGUAAUUGACACAUUACAUACAAAGCUUUUGAGUGGUUGGGUGUAACAUGAUGGUACCUUUUUUGAUUUUGUGUUUUAUUAUUUGCUUGUUUUGGGUAGACUUGUGUCACAGUGUGUAGACUUAGAGUUAUCAAGCACUACAGCUUGUGCAAUUCAGGUGACAGACUGUCAGUUCAGGACGGCCUGGUGAACUUGGAGUUAAUUUGGCCCUUUGUCAAAUAUGACAUUUCUGUUUACGGAAAAUAUCGCAGGUCUCUUUUUCCAUUUGCAGAUACUCAUGAGGAACACAGGUAUUUAACAUGCAAAUGCCAUUUACAUAUGCAGUUUUCCAAUAUUAAGCUACAAUAACAGUCUUUUAUACCAGUUUGUAUUUGUUUUUAUUUUUGGCCCAAAACAAACUAAAGAAAAAUGUUGUCAUACAGUAUGAUAGUUCAAUGGUUCUGUGUUAGUUGUUUUCUAAAUGGUUCUGUGAGGGUUUUCCCAAUAUGAUUUUUAACACAGUCUAAAUUUGUGACUUUCAUGUCUUAAAGAUGCAGUAUUCCACUUUUUCGUCUGUGAUUUGAAUAAUAUUAGAGUGGUAGUCCAGAUUUACAUGUACAGGUAAGAGUUGGAGUAAAGCUUGGAAAUGUGGGGUGGGGAAAAGAGAAUGGGUUCUGGGAAAGCUUUUGAACUUCAGAAUGCUGCUUGCAUAGUUGGAUAUACAGAAUUGAGCUUGAUGCGACAGGAUUGAAAACGGUGCAGAAGGUUUGCAAUCUUUAAUUGAGACAACAACUUUUCUCAUGUGAAAUGUUUUAAGACCAGUCACCAUGGCGGAAGGUUUGGAGGGAAAUGAGCAUGAGGUGACUGAGUGAAAUCACUGUAGUAUAAAAGAUAAGAAAGAAAAUGAGAAUUGUACCUAAAAUUGUUAUUUUAUUGUAAAUUAUUCACGUCUGUAAUUAAUUGAUGAUCAGUAUAUCUGCAAAAUAAUGAAUGAAUGAAUGUAAAAGAGGGGGGUGAUAAAUCAAUCAAAGCUC